AUGGGAUCAUCGUGUAAUGGUAGCAGCAGUGGCGCUGUGAAAAAGAAGCAGUUAGUGAAAGUGCGAAAACGCGAUGACGUGUUUCGACCUGUAAAAUUUGAUGUUAAAUUGAGUGCUUUGAAGAAAUAUGAUAGAAUGGGAGAAGUUACACUCACCUUCCACUUCUGCAGCUUCCGGCGCUUGGUAUUGCUGCAAGAAGAGCAGCCUCUCGAUGUGCCGCUUCGCGCUAUGGAAAAAAUGGGUGAGUCCGAUUCUUAUUUUUUAGCUGAUGAUGCGUGA